AUGCAAUCUCGCAGCAUGUUCGGCUUCAUUUCUACAAAAUGGCCACGGCUAUUCUUCGCAAUCACGGCUUUCCAGGCCAUCAUCUGUCUGAUUUUCGAAUCAUAUGUAUUCGCGAGAUUCCAGAACAGUGUCAAAGGUGACCAGGUCAGCGACGAAAACAUCGAGGGCGCACCUCUCCGUUCGAUCCCGACAUUCCUCACGCUCUUCAUCUUUGGCUUCUUGUACAUGCUCGUACUGGUUUGGGAUGCCCUCAGGAUGAAGAACACUAUUCAGGUCAUUGGUGUCUGCAUUGCCAACCUGGCCAUGAUGGUGUACACUGCCAUCCAGAUCGAUCAAAUCCACGAUGCGAUUGUCCUUCUUGAAAAGGCUGGCAUCUUGACGACAACCACCAAAGAUUUAUGGGACGACUGUCGCCCAUUGCUCUUUGCGAUUCCAGUCAUCGUCUCGGUUUGCACUCUAGGAAUGGCUUUUGUCUCUUGGAAACUCUACCAAGAGUUCGCAUGGGACAUUUUAAAGCAGAUCGGCGCCGACUACAGGAUGAAGCGACGCUUUUUACACUACCAGAUCUACAUCGCAUUGCUCAAGUUCGAUUUCUUCUUCUUCCUCGGCUUUACGGUGCAGUUCCUUGUCGUUGUACGCGACAAGACAACCGACACCGAGUUCCGCUUGACGGUUGUGGCUAUCCCAGUCACCAUCGCGAUUCUGCUCUUCGCUGCGUUUUUCGUCCGUCGCGAAAAUAAGAUUGGCAUGGGCGCAAUUAUAGUUCUCUACUUUGGCGCCUUGUCGUACUUCUUCUUCAAGCUCGUGCGCAUUUACCAGCCCGGCCACAAGGAGAAAUACCAGGCUGCGGCGAGGUCGCUCACGGCUUUCGCGGUGCUCACCAUUAUCCUUAUCAUUUUAACGAUCGCCAACGCCUUCAUCUGCAUGAACAACUUUGGCGCCGGCCUCAAGAACCACUUGAGGUCGCCAUCCAGGGAUGAGGAGAAACCCGAUGCGACUUCAUCCAUCAGCAUGCACGACGUCAAGCCACAGCUUCCUAGCCGCAUGACCAUCGAUUAG